ACAUUUGUGUGAUCUCGUGACAAAAUGAAUAGGGCGAAAUACGUAACAUAUUUUUGUACAUUUAAAUUUAAUUUGAUUUUAUAAUUUUUAAGAAACUUAUCUGUACUAAUAAAUACUAAUCUAUGAUCAGCCAUGGCUGAUAUUAAUAUAAAUGUAAAUAAUAACACACAAAUGAAUAUUCAACCAACAAACCAAAUUGAUAAAUGGAUAUCAAAGCACAUAAAAAUACUAGAUGAAAACAAAUUUCUAGUUAAAACAAAUUCCUUUGGGCAAGUUUUAUUCAAAGGUGCUACAAGGAGAGCAAUCGCUAAGUUUGCAAGAUUAGAUGUAAACACAAAUCCAGCUGAUAUUUUUAAACUUCUUGUUGAUGUUUGGCAGUUAGAGCAGCCAAGGUUAUUGAUAUCUGUUACUGGAGGAGCAAAAAGCUUUACUUUAGCUCCUGCACUUAAAUACCAAUUCACUGAUGGACUCUUAAAGGUUGCAAAAACACCUGGAGCUUGGGUUAUAACUGGUGGAACAAACACUGGUGUCAUGAAACAUGUUGGUGAAGCAUUGCAUGGAUCUUCUAAAGCAUGUAUAGGGAUUGCAACAUGGGGGAUUGUUACAAAUGCAAAAAAAUUGAUAAACCUUGAUAACACUCAAACAUAUAGUAGCAAAUUAUACAGUGCCAAUACAGAAUAUCAAGUUGCUUGCAGUUUAGUGCAACCAGGAGCAUUUUUAGACCAUAAUCAUACUCACCAUUUAUUAGUUGAUGAUGGUUCUGUUGGACGCUUUGGUGUAGAAAUACCUUUAAGAUCAAGACUAGAAGAAUAUAUUAUGAAAACUGGAGUUCCAUCAGUUCUAAUGGUUGUGGAGGGUGGUCCAGGUUCACUAAGCACAGUUCGUGAGGCUAUUUCUAAAAGCCCUGCUUUAUCUGUACUAAUUAUUGUUGAUAGUGGUCGUGCUGCAGAUUUGUUAGCUUAUGCCUAUAGUUUAAACAACCUCAGCUGCAUAUUUAAUGAGAAAAAUAUUAACGAACUAUUACUAGAAAAAAUUCCAGAAUAUCUUCCUGAGCUUAACACAAAAGAAAAACAAGUAUCAGCUUAUAAAGAGGUUUUGGAAUGCAUGAGCAAAAAAGAGUUUAUCACAUUAUUUCGAAUGUCUGAAAAAAGAGGGGUAGAUGAGGCAAUUUUAAAAGCCCUUUUGAAAGGAAAUCAAGGUAAAGGAAAUGAAUUGUCACUGUAUAGUCAGUUAAAGUUAACACUAUUGUGGGAUCGAGCUGAUCUUGCAAAGGAAUGCAUUUCACUUAGAAGCCAAGUUGUAGUCAAGGAAGAGGAAAAAGAUUUAAAUUCAGCUAUGAUUAUGGCUUUAGCAAUGAAUCGUGUUGAAUUUGUAAAAUUGUUUCUCAGUUAUGGAAUCAGUAUUCAAUCUCUUUUAACACCAAAGGUUCUAGAAUUUCUUUAUGGUUAUCAUUGCAACAAUUCUCAUUCAAUCAUACAAUAUGUGUUGAAAAAGGUAGAAUAUGAACCAGCUUCUGGAGAUUUUAAAGAUGUUAUGGAGCUGCUCUGCAGCUAUGAAAAGUACAAUUCAAAAAGUAUUCUGUUACCUUUAAACAAAAUAAAAAGUGUUAUAAAUGAAGCUUGCUCUAUCUUUAAAAAAUCUAAAAGUGAUCAGUUCAUUGAGGGAAAAUCUACUGAUCCAGAAUUCCACUUUCCAUAUAAAGAACUUUUUUUCUUUGCUGUUCUCAGCAACAUGCAUGAAAUGGCAUUAUACCUCUGGAGAUUCGAAGAGGAUAGUUUAGAAAAAGCUUUUUUUGGAAUGCAAAUCAACAACUAUUUAGUUGGUGUAGCCCAAAAAAAUGAUUUACCAGGUGAUAUUGCUCAAGGAUUGAAACAAAAUGCAUUAGAAUUUCAAACAUUAUGCACUGAUUUAUUGGAUGAGUGUUAUCGCACAGAUAGAACAAAAACUGAACAAUUAAUCACUUGCGAUUCAAAACAGUUCAAUUCUCACACAUGCUUAAGUCUGGCUUACUUGAGUGACCACAAAGAUUUCAUUUCUCAUAAAGCUGUCCAAACAUUAAUGAAUGAUUUUUGGACUGGUGAUAUUAAAAAUACAGAUAUUUCUCGAUGGCAGUUUUUAAUUGCUUUUUUGUUUCCGCCCUAUAUUGCUUUCUUUAGUUUUUAUCACAAAUCAGACUAUACAAUUAUUGAUGUUUCAGACAAUGACUUAACUCUAGAAAGUGCUGAAUUACAAGAUUUAAAAGAUAAAGAAGUAUGUGAAACAGAUAUGACUACAGAAAAUUUAAACUAUCGUCUAGUGUCAGAUUCACAAUCAGUCAAUGACUUUAGUGCAAUUAAUGCAUCAGCAAAAAAAGUGGAGAAAGUUAAAUAUUUAUCUAAAAUAAUGAAGUUUUAUUUCUACACUCCUGUAAUAAAGUUCUUAUCAAAUUUGAUCGGUUAUUUACUUUUUUUGUGCUUGUUCUCUUAUGUUGCUAUGGUAAAAAAAGAGGAUAAACCAUCUAUAGCUGAAUGGUUUCUAGUUGUUUACAUUGUCUCUCUUGCUAUAGAAGAAUUGCGUCAAAUAGUUCAAGAUGAAGCUCUAACUCUAGAAGGAAAAAUAGCUAGCUGGUGGUCAAGUAAUUGGAACAAGUUAGAUGCAGUAGCACUUAGCUUAUUUUUUGUUGCAUUAGCACUUCGUUUCAGCCCUAACACAAUUGAUGCCGCUCAUGUUUUGUAUGCUAUUAAUGGUGGUAUGUGGGUGUUUCGUCUCUUAAAUGUGUUUUAUAUUGAUGAAGUAUUGGGUCCUUAUGUGGUUAUGAUUUUUAAAAUGUUUAUUGAUAUGUGUAGUUUCCUAUUGAUUCUAUUUGUAUUUCUUGUGGCUUAUGGUGUAUCAUCUGCUGCAAUUCUAACACCACAAACUGGUGGUCCUAAGAUGAUCAUCGAUGCAAUGUUUCAUCCGUAUUUUAAUAUUUACGGAGAAUUGUUUAUUGAUCGUGAUCCUUCUGACUCAAAUACAACUCGAUUUGGAACAGAGUUUCACAACAAAUAUGCUGAACCUCUUGCUUGGGUUCUUCUUGGGUUCUAUCUUUUAAUUGCAAAUGUUCUGUUACUCAAUCUUUUAAUUGCCAUAUUCAAUAACACCUAUGAAGAAGUACAAGCUAAUGCAGAACAAAUAGGGAAAUUCGAGCGCUACAGUUUAAUACUAGAGUAUGCUACGCGACCACCACUAAUUCCUCCAUUUAUACUUUUGUGUCAUUUUUAUAUGCUUGUGAAUUUUUUUAAAGAUUUGUAUCUUGGCAAAACCUCUUUGCAAGAAAAGAAUUUAAAACGUAUUCUGACAGAUAGAGAGCUUGAUGAAGUAAUUGAGUUUGAAAAUGAAUGCAAGUCUCAACUUAUAAGAAAAUAUGAAGCUAAAAAAAAGACAAAUCGAGAUGAAAAAAUAGAUAUUUUUCAUAGUUUAAUGACAAAAAUGGAUGAGCUGAUAAAUAAAAAAUAGGUUGUGAAUUUAUAACAUUAUAACACUAUAUGUAUUUUUCGACAUUUGAAUUUAUAUAAUUUUUUCUAAUCUAUAAAUUUCAGAUUUUUUUAUAUGUAGUUUAUUAUGUUUUGAAUUAUUUUUUUAAUUUUAUUUUUAUAUUGGUACAAAAAAGGACAAUAUAUAGUAAAAUAUAUAUUUUUUGUAAUUAUAGAUGUAAAAUAUAAUUUCUUAUUAUCAUAAAAUGAAUGUUAAUUAAAGGUUUGUUGAAAA